AUGUCUUUGAAACUUCCUCAAAAUCCUAAUGCGGGAUUGUUCAAGCAAGGGUACAAUUCGUACUCUAAUGCUGAUGGUCAAAUCAAUAAAUCGAUCGCUGCCAUUAGAGAGAUUCACCAGAUGUGUUUAACUUCUAUGGGGCCAUGCGGCAGAAACAAGAUCAUCAUUAAUCAUUUGGGAAAGCACAUUGUGACCAACGAUGCUGCUACCAUGCUAAGGGAAUUAGAGAUUGUCCAUCCUGCUGUUAAAGUGUUGGUGAUGGCAUCUGAACAACAAAAAAUUGAUAUGGGUGAUGGUACUAACCUUGUUAUGGUGUUGGCUGGUGAGCUUUUGAAUGUUAGUGAAAAGCUUAUUGCGCUAGGUCUUUCACCUGUAGAAAUUAUUCAAGGUUACACAAUGGCAAAGAAUUUUACUUUGGCAGAACUUGACAAGAUGUCUGUGUUGGAUAUCAAGAACAAACAUGAAAAAAGUGAGUUAAUCAAGGUCAUCAAGCCAGUCAUUGCAUCCAAGCAAUAUGGUUCUGAAGAUAUUUUAAGUUCCUUAGUAUCAGACGCUGUGGCACAUGUCUUGCUACCAAAUUCCAACUAUUUCAAUGUCGACUCAAUUAGAGUGGUAAAGAUUAUGGGUGGUUCCCUUACCAACUCAUCUGUUAUCAAGGGUUUAGUCUUCAACCGCGAACCAGAAGGACAUUUGAAGUCCUUGCCUCAAGGUGAAAAGCAUAAGGUUGCUGUGUUUACAUGUCCAAUUGAUAUCUCAAACACCGAAACCAAGGGUACUGUGCUUUUACAUAAUGCUCAGGAGAUGUUAGAUUUCACUAAAGGUGAAGAACAACAACUGGACCAAAUGAUGAAAGAAAUUGCCGAGACUGGUGUUAGAUGUGUUGUUGCUGGUGCCGGUGUUGGUGAGCUUGCUUUACAUUAUUUGAACAGAUACAAUAUUCUCGUCCUAAAGGUGCCAAGUAAAUUCGAACUUAGAAGAAUUUGCCGUGUGUGUGGUGCUACACCAAUGCCAAGGCUAGGUGCCCCAACUCCAGAAGAAAUUGGUAUUGUUGAGACCGUAAAGACGAAAGAAAUUGGUGGUGAUAGAGUUACCAUUUUCAAACAAGAGGAGAACGAAAACACUAGGACUGCCACAAUCAUCUUAAGAGGUGCUACGCAAAAUAACUUGGACGAUAUCGAACGUGCCAUUGAUGACGGUGUCAAUGCAAUUAAGGGUUUAAUGAAACAGGAUGGUGGAAAACUUGUUCCAGGUGCCGGUGCUACUGAAAUAGAGUUGGUAUCAAGAAUCAGCAACUAUGGUGAAAAGACGCCAGGUCUAAUGCAACUUGCCAUCAAACAGUUUGCCGUUGCAUUCGAAGUGGUACCAAGAACGUUGGCAGAAACUGCAGGUCUAAACGUUAAUGAAGUACUACCAAACUUAUAUGCUGCCCACUCUCAAAAAACUGCGUCAAACGAAAUCAACGAUGGUUUGUACCAAGGUAUUGAUAUAGACAACAAUACCCCGGAAUGCAUCAAAGAUAUCAGAGAUGAAGGCAUUUAUGAUUUACUAGCUGCUAAGAAGUUCGCUAUCGAUGUCGCCACAGAGGCUGCGAAGACAGUACUUUCAGUUGACCAGAUCAUCAUGGCCAAGAGAGCUGGUGGUCCAGCCGUACCAAAGGGUCCAAAACCAGGUAACUGGGACCAAGAUGAUUGA